AUACAUUUGACUUUAACCUCCACAUGUUAAAAUGUCAGUUUAUUGGAAAAAACAAAAUUAAACAGAGUAGAAGCCGGAUAGAUAGAGAAAGCCCCAUGAUAACCACCCAUAGGGAUAGCGGAUAGCGGAUAGUAGCAUUCAGAAUGUCGGAUCGCAAGGCGGAAAUCAAAAAUGCGGACAUGAGCGAAGAUAUGCAGCAGGAUGCUGUUAACAGUGCCAUCAAGGCAUUGGAUAGGUACAACAUUGAGACAGACGUUGCCGCCUACAUCAAGAAGGAGUUCGACAGGAAGUACAAUCCCACCUGGCACUGCAUCGUUGGGCAUCAUUUCGGAUCGUAUGUGACCCAUGAGACCCGACACUUCAUCUACUUCUACAUGGCCCAAGUGGCAAUUCUGCUCUUCAAGAGCGGCUAAAGAAGCCAACUUUCGGUGGGAGUAUAAAGUACAUGUUGCAAAAUUAUCCGUUCCUUGACUUGUAAUCUCAACCAAGGCGAUGGCUUAACUAUUUGUUACUACUUUUUGCCCAAAUUCUAAAAUAUUUUCCCCCUUUACUGACUCAUAAUCUGAUAAUAAAUAAAUUUAUUUCGUGCCA